GUGCAACUGAUGAUUGUCAUCAAGUUUUGACAGUUCUACUUUUUCACUAAAAAUAUCAUCACUCUUUUCCAGAACAUCAGCAAAAGAUACGUAAAGCCCAAAGUCGUUUCAACAGUGGAGCGUAUUCAUCCUGAAGGAGUGGCAACUGGCUCCGUUUUCGCACAGGUAAAUACAAGUGUGAAGAAUAAUACCGUAAGGAGGAGUGUUCGAAAACCAGAAGAAGAUUGAUAACGCGAUGGUCAGCCCGGACAAUGUGGAGCAGUCGCUCCGGAAUCUUUCGUUGGCGGCGCCGGAUGGCCAGCAGGGUAGCGGUUCCGAUACCGAUUGUGACAAUCGCAGUCUCAAGUGGCACCUUCCGCUGAAGGAAUUGUACAAGAUGGCCUGUGCGUUCUAUAAGGAAAAAUCCGGCAAGGCGAUACACCUGAGCUACGAAGAUAAUUUGAAGUUGGUUGCAUUCACGCAGCAAGCGGCUCAUGGUCCACUGGAUCCCAGCAAGGCACCUCAGUUGGGGAUGUUCGACGUGAUUGGGAAGGAUCGGCGGAUUGCCUGGCAACAUCUGGGUACGAUCACGAAGCUUCAGGCGAUGGAAGGCUUCAUAGACUUGUUGGAUCGAUUAUGUCCCCAGUUCAAACCGUACGUCGAGGCGAUUAAGAAGGAUCGAGAGGAAAAGGCACAACAAGCGCAGGCUGAAGAAGCGCGGAGAAGGGAACAGGUUGAAAAGGAGAAAGAGAAGCUAGCCGAGCUGAAGAGGAUAGAGGAUGAGAAGAACAGGGAGGAAGUGCAAAGGCGCCAACUGCAGGACGCUUUGAACCAGCAAACCUACCAUCAGUUCAAAGAUUAUGCCGAGAAGCAGUUCCCGGGCAAUCCAGAGCAACAGGCAGUUCUGAUUCGACAAUUGCAGAACGAGCACUACCAUCAGUAUAUGCAGCAGCUGCAAGCACAAGUUGCCAGUAAUUUUUCACACAUGCGAGCCACCAGCGUGGAUAGUGAAGCCGCGGAGGUGGACGGCGGAAAUGGAGGGAUGGGGGAGCAGCAGACCGGAUUUCAAAUUGACCAGGCGACCAGUGCCAAAGAGAGCAGCCAAUUGGAGUAUAAGGAACAGUGCGAUAGCGAUGAUGAGUCUGGCGAGUACGCCGUCAUCAGUCCUGCUAACAUGUGGACAAAGCCGGACGUGAAGCUGUUCAAGCAGGAAGUAACCUCUGGUAAAGGCGACGGCGUGAUUCGAGUUGGACAUGGCGACACGAUUACGGUCAGAGUUCCCACGCACGAGGGUGGUUCCAGUCUGUUCUGGGAAUUCGCCACCGACAAUUACGACAUCGGCUUCGGUGUCUACUUUGAGUGGGGCAAACCAAUGACGACAGACGUUUCGGUGCAUGUCAGUGAGAGCGAUGAAGACGACGACACACUAGAAGACGACGAUGUCGUUUGCGCGGACGAUCUGGAAUGCGGAGGCCAGCAACAGCACAAACAGCAGUACAAUGGUGGCGGUGGCGGCAGUGCGUUGGCCAACCGGAAUCCGAUCUCGAUCAUCGUUCCCAUCUACAGGCGCGAGUGCCAAACCGAGGUGUAUGCCGGAUCACACAGCUACCCUGGCGAGGGAACCUACCUGCUCAAGUUCGACAACAGUUACAGCCUGUGGCGCUCCAAGACGCUCUACUACAAGGUGUUUUAUACGCGAUAAUUGGUUCUAAGUAGAAUUACGGAUAUUUAGCUUCUGUUUGUAAGAUCCUAUACCGUUCUAGCCAAAUGCUCUGUUUUCUGUUAUAACUAAGCUCUGGUGUUAAGAAAGUGUUUACUUUCUCUGUCUAAUGUCAUGAAAUGUACCUUUCGAACGAGGAAAGUUUGCACACCCAAAAAGCGAACGUGAAAUCUAGUUAAUUUAUUGCCGACGGUGCAGAUGUUUGUUAGUUGAAAAGAUUUUAAAAGUAGCAUAUAAUCCUUCUUUAUAACUGAAAAUAAUAAAACUCAUCCAAUAGCAAACCUAAUGCAUUAUUUCAAAUUAGCGAAGCUAUGUCUUUUUGAACGAUUUGAUGUAGGUGGUUUUCUACUGAUAUGAAUAUCGUGCUGUUUAACCCACUUAUAUCGAAAGAAUGGAAAUGAAAAAUUAAAGUCAUGGAAAUUGACCGAUAUUUAACAAGUGACAUCGUUUCAUCUGAAUGUGCAUAAACUCGCUACGAAACAUUUGGAUGUUCAUCUCCCUGUGAAGAAACAAAAAAAAAAAACUGUGAAGUCGAUUUAACUCGAGAAAUAAAGUGAACAUGAUGUUAUUUGAUGUCAUACCAAAG